AUGUCUUUGCAGCUGCAGGAUUGUUCGGAACUGAGCGUCCUUCACACCUCAUCUGGACAUGGCUACGGAAGCCUGGUUUGGGAGCCAGAGGACGGCAGUGCAGCGGUGGAGGGCUCUCUCAGUUCAGGGCUCAGUAACACAGACGACUGUCGUCUCCUCAGAGUUACAGGAGCGGUCAGCAUCUACCUGACUAUGCAAAAGCAGCUUAACUCCCAAGCAGACACAAUAGCAAUAAAACACCCUGCUACCCUUUUCAUUUCCGUGUUUGGUGACCUGACUGUACCCAGUAGGGAUGGAGCCAGGUGCGGGAUUCCCGCUACCACCUUCGCCUCCGGGGACCCACCGACGUCUGCGGCGCUGCCGUCCGCUUCCGAUGCCCUCCGCCUGCCCUCCUCCGCCGUCUCCCCUCGUGCUGCAGGGAAAUCGACAUUUGUGAAUAUUCUCAAACAAGCUGAUGAGGAAUGGGAAGUUGUUCCUGAGCCUGUAGCUAGAUGGUGCAACGUUCAGCAAAACCCUGAAGAGGAUUGCGAGGAGCUGACUGCGUCGCAGAAGAGUGGUGGAAAUGUGCUUCGGAUGAUGUAUGAGAAGCCAGAGAGGUGGUCUUUCACUUUCCAGACAUACGCGUGUCUCAGCAGGAUCCGGGCUCAGCUCAGAUCCCUUGAUGGCAAACUCAGAGAGGCAGAGAAUCCUGUGGUCUUCUUCGAGCGAUCUGUCUACAGUGACAGAUAUAUCUUUGCAGCUAAUUUAUACGAGUCGGAUUGCAUGAAUGAAACUGAAUGGACCAUUUACCAAGACUGGCACGACUGGAUGAAUAAGCAGUUUGGUCAAAGCCUGGCGCUGGAUGGGAUCAUUUAUCUCAGAGCCACUCCUGAGAAAUGCUUGAAUAGGAUUUACUUACGUGGAAGAGACGAAGAGCAAGAAAUUCCCAUUGAAUAUCUGGAGAAGCUUCACUACAAACACGAAAGUUGGCUUCAGCAUAGGACACUGCGAACGGAUUUUGAAUAUCUACAGGAAAUACCUAUAUUAACAUUGGAUGUUAACGAAGACUUCAAAGGCAAAAAGGACAGACAUGAUCACAUGACUGAAAAGGUCAAAGAAUUUUUGAGCACCUUAUAAUCCUCUUUGAAGCGCGGGCAGAGUCAAACUGUUCCGAACAUCUGUGCGAUCAAAGUCUGAAGUACAGCUUCUGCUUUUAUAGAAGGCCUCUGGAGAGGCAGGACUCAAUCCUGUUGAUUUAAUUGUAAGGAACAAAGAAACGUUAUGAAUAGGGAAAUUAUUAAAUAAAUGAGUAGGUCUGUUGGGUAUUAUAUUAAGUAACACAAAUUCUGAAGAUUCUAGAAUUCUGAGAGUUCCCAAAUGUUGCGCCUGUUUCUAAUCAGACCAAUAAGUUCUUCUGGAGUAUUUUACUGUAUUUUUUUUUUUUUUAAUUUAUUUUGUGCCCAGUAGCUAUUUAAUUUUCAAGAAGGUAGUGGGUUUUUU